AGGUAGAGAGUUAUUCGGUAUAUCUACCCAACAGGAUUGCCAAAUUUUCUGCCUCAACAGAAAGCAGAGAAACUGACCGUUACAUGUUUAAUUUUCUCCUUCAAUGCGUUAACCCAAAAAAGUCUGAAACCGACUUUUAUAGACUUGUUAUUUGAAGUCAAACAGCUCCACUUAAUAUUACCAAGGCAAGAAAAUAAAAGCUUCAACUUUCUUCCUCCAUCUCUCAUUUGCUGCUCUCUCGUGAUCAUCUUCUAGAGCGUCUCUGAUCAUAUUUCAGGGACAGAUAUGGGACUCAAGGAUCUUCAUCUCAUGCUCAAGGGACUCAGGCUGAAACGCUUUCUGAUAGGAGAAGGCGGGAGCAAGAAAAGAAAGCAGAAGAUUUCAAGGAGGCCUUCAUGGAUGAUGCAAGUAUCACAUGGGUAUCAUGUUGUGGAGGAUCAAUCAUUAAGCAGUGGUUCAGAUGAGGCUGAGUCCGACUCUGUUGUGGUACAGAGAGAGCAAAUUGAAGAGCUUGAGACGUGGUUUUUUGGAGUUUUCGAUCCUCAAGUUGGAGAUGAAGUUACCAAGUACGUGCGAUCCCAUUUAUUUAACAGGAAUCCCAAAGAGACAAACAUAAGGAGAAAGAGCAAAGAGACAAUGAGAAAGGCGUACCUUGGUGCAAGAGCAAAGAUCAGAGAGACACAGAAAGCAGAUGAGACAAGUAGAGCGGGUUCGGUUUCUGUGUUGGUCAUCAACACCGAAAAGCUUGUGACGGCUUCCAUGGGAAACUAUAGAGCUGUUGUCAGCAGAAACGGUGUGGCUCAUGAGAUAGGCAGCAGAGACCAGAAAUCAUCCAAAAGAUAUUGGUCUCGCAGACUCAUUUCAGUACGCAAAUACCUUGGCAAAGUAGCCAGCACUAAGCAAUCCAAAGGCUCGGACCUUCUUGUUGGUGCUGAAAGAAUUGAUUCAAGUACUGAAUUUGUCAUCUUAGCAAGCACUGGCAUAUGGGAGGUUAUGAAUAACCAAGAGGCUGUGCAUCUUAUUGGGCACAUAGAAGAUCCACAAGAAGCUGCUGAGUGCUUGGCAAAGGAGGCUUUAGUUAGAAGGAGCAAAAGCAGCAUUUCUUGUUUGAUCAUACGCUUUGACUAACACAUCUUUUCAUGUUUCUUUAUUGCAACAGAAAUUUUAAAUUUUUUUUAGACUCAAUAUUUUUACUGCAUAUUGCUUGACAAACUAAGCCAAUAUGCAGUGGCAGUGAAAAGACAAGAAAGAAAUCAUACUGAUCAUGAUGAAUUUUUGCUUUA